ACGUGACGCAUGCGUUUCAAUCAGAGCACACUUGCGAGUUGCGAAGAGAAAAGUAGGCAGAAGGGCGGAGCGCUGUCAAAUCUUACUAAAACUACAAAAAUGGGCCGAAAAGUUUUGAUUCCAUUCGACAGAAGUGACCAUAGCAUGAAAGCAUUUGACUUCUACCUUGAAAACCUGUACAAGGAAGAAGAUAAUAUUCUGUUUGUUCAUGUGGUCCAUGCAUCACAUUCACAGCCGGUUGGAGAGGAAAUAGAUGCUGAAAAUGUGAAGGAGAAAUUAAUCAAGACAAUGGAAGAUGCCAAAACUACUUACCAGCGUUUUGAAGACAAGUGCACCACAAAAAAUAUCCCCCAUGAGAAGAUAUUUCACUCUGGCAAUGCAGGCGCCGUCAUUUGCGAUGUGGCCAAGGAGAAGCACGCCGAUCUGAUCGUCAUGGGGUCACGUGGUCUUAAUGCAAUCCGACGUACAUUCUUAGGAAGUGUCAGUGAAUAUGUUUUGCACCAUAUCCAUAUCCCAACGACCGUUGUGCCAAGCAACAAACACUGACCAAGGAACAAUGCGCAUGACUGUUUACCUUCAUUAAGCUUUUCACCUAAACACCAUACCUACAAAUUUCAAUUGGAUAAUCAUUAAUACUAUUUUUAUUAUUUAAAAUAUCACAUUGCAUGAUACCCAUCAUUGUUUUGGUAGCAAUUGUGGAGAUAACUAUCAUAGCCAAUGCUGUAAGGUAAUGCAACUCUUGUAACGCAUUAUGUGUAAUCAGUAAGAAUUAUGUCCAAGCAUGAAUUCGUUUAUCA